AAACAUAAUUGAGUUUAGAAAUCCUUUUUCAUUUAAAGAAAAAACACAUUUCAACGCCCGACCACAAACCUCUCCGAUCUCCAUUUCCUUUUCAGAUCUCGACCUUCUUCUCUCCCGCAUCUUCCAUUUUCCAUUUUCGUUCACUUAAUAACUCAUCACACUCCACUCUCCACUUUUUCUUUCCAUUAAAAUCACAAUAUUUAAAUUUUUUUACUAUUUUUUCUCAUAUUUUAUCUGAAUCAAUUUCUCACCCCUCUCGAGCACAGCAACCAUCGUGGAUCAGAUCAGGUUUUUCAAUUUUCGCGAUGGCUGCUCCUCCUGCAAGAGCUCGAUCCGAUUACGAUUAUCUCAUAAAGCUUCUUCUCAUCGGUGAUAGCGGUGUGGGUAAAAGUUGUCUCCUAUUGCGUUUCUCAGAUGGUUCUUUUACAACAAGUUUUAUCACAACCAUCGGCAUUGAUUUCAAAAUAAGGACAAUAGAGCUUGAUGGUAAGCGAAUCAAAUUGCAAAUAUGGGACACAGCUGGUCAAGAGCGGUUUCGAACCAUUACAACUGCUUAUUACCGUGGAGCAAUGGGCAUUUUGCUUGUGUAUGAUGUCACUGAUGAGUCAUCUUUUAACAACAUCAAGAAUUGGAUUCGCAACAUUGAGCAGCAUGCUUCUGACAAUGUCAACAAGAUAUUAGUUGGGAACAAGGCCGACAUGGAUGAAAGCAAAAGGGCUGUUCCAACUUCGAAGGGUCAAGCUCUGGCAGAUGAAUACGGUAUCAAGUUUUUCGAAACUAGUGCAAAAACUAAUAUGAAUGUGGAUGAGGUAUUCUUUUCAAUAGCCCGGGACAUCAAACAAAGACUUGCAGAAACUGACUCAAAGACUGAGCCCCAAACACUCAAGAUUAACCAACCAGACCAAGGAGCUGGGUCUGCUCAAGCCACACAAAAAUCUGCUUGCUGUGGUUCUUAGGGGCAGCUCUAGCAACUCAUUUGACCUAAGAAGUUAAUUUGGUCAAUGACUUUCAUCGGUGCUUGUAUUGUUCUUUUCUUAUUUUACAGUUGCUACUUAUUGGGUGUGAAUGGUAGAUUCUUCCAAUGUUGGGAAAUUAAUCAUAUAUCUAUUUAUUGCUGUAUCUGUAUCUGUAUCUGUUUUUUCUUUCUUCUUUUUUCAGGAACCUGACUAUAUGCAUAAUCUUUGCUAAAAAACAAAGAACAUCCUUGGCCUACUUGGUGCUCCAAUAUAUCAUAUUUCAGAAUCUUAGUGGUACUAUGAACCAAACUUUAUACA